CAGAGCCGGUUGUUUCACUUGUUUCACUUAAGUACUUGCAUAUACCUCACUGGCGACGAUCCGCGUCUUACCCGCGUGUGUAUUUAGAAAUAACCGUUAUAAUGGCUACUAAAACUUCUAUCGGAAAUUUAAGUCAGUUUGACCAUAAUACCCAAGAAUGGGAAAUUUUCAGUAGUCGUUUGAAGCAGUUCAUCGUUUUAAACGAAAUUAAAGAUGAGAUGAAGCAGGCAGUGCUACUGACACACCUGCAUGACGAUACAUACCGGCUAUUGAAGAACCUUGUGUACCCAAAAAAGGUAGAAGUCGUUGGGUACGACGAGCUGUUGAAGGUGCUCGACGGUCAUUUUACUCCGAAGAGGUGUACCUUCGCUGAUAAGAGCAAAUUCUACGAGGCAACGCGUGACGUGGGGGAGAGUGUCGAGAAGUGGGCGGCUAGGAUCAGAGGACUCGCCGUGCACUGCGAGUUUGGAACCUCGCUGGACAUGCUGCUGCUGGACAAGUUCGUGCUGGGGCUACGCGCCGGCAAGGAGCGCGAGCGACUCUUCGAGCAGGACGUCACCACGCUCACGCUGGCGAAGGCGAUGGAGCUGGCACAGCAGACGGAGUGUGCGCAGAAGGCGCGCGCAGACGCGGUGGCCGUGACCGUGAAGCAGGAGCCGGUGUACCGGGCGGGCGCGCAGCCGUCCGCCGGCCGCCGGGACCCCGAGGCGAGGACCUGCUCGGUGUGCGGUAUGAGGAGCCACGACGAGAGUAGGUGCCGAUACAAGUCCUACCGGUGCCAGCUGUGUGGUGAAAAAGGACACCUCAAGAAAGUGUGUACUUCCAAAAAGCAGUCCAAGUGUCGCGUGAACAAUGUUGAAGCGACAGAGUUCUCGGCAGAAGGUGGAGACUGUGAUAAUUGCCAGGAAUGUAAACUUCUAAGCUUAAGGUACGUUAACUAUAAGCCAAUAUUACUUAAUGUAUCUAUUAAUGACCUUGAAUUGAACAUGGAACUGGACUCGGGCUCCGGUGCUACCAUUAUUAAUGACAAAUUAUACAAAGAAAUGUUCCCUAAUGUUUCAUUAUAUAAAAGUGAUUUAAAAAUGUGUCUAUACAAUUAUCAUAAAAUAACGCCAAUAGGUUUUUUCGUUGCAAAAGUAAAAUUUAUGUUAAAAGAAAGACUUUUGAAAAUUUACGUUAUAAAAAACGGCGGUCCGCCAAUAUUAGGCCGUGAUUUUAUGACAAAGUUUAAUUUGUCAUUCACUGUAGAUAACAAAUUUGUUACAGAUGUAAACAUUAAUCAGAGCUCGAGUGAGGUAACAAGGUUGUUAAAUCAAUUUAGGAGUUUAUUCGAAGAAGGGUUGGGCAAAUUUAAUAAGUUCAAAGUCCACUUGCAAUUGAAAGAGAACGUUAAACCUAAGUUUUUCAAACCGCGGUCAGUUCCGUUUGCUCUAAAAAAACGGGUAGAGGAAGAAAUCGACCGGCUGGUAGAUUUAGGUAUACUCGUACCGGUUAAUUUUUCUGAAUACGCAACGCCUAUCGUGCCUGUUUUGAAGGAAAAUGGCAAAGUCAAAAUUGCAGGAGAUUUCUCGGUCACGUUAAAUAAAGACAUGGUUAUCGAUAAGUACCCGAUGCCGCGUAUAGAGGAGGUGUUUGCUAAAAUAGGCGGUGGUGAAAGUUACACGAAAUUAGACCUUAGCAACGCGUACAAUCAGUUCGUUUUGUCUGAUAGCUCUCAGGCGCUUACGACCAUUAGCACCACGAAGGGUCUUUAUAAAUAUACUAGGCUAGUAUAUGGUCUCGCCAACGGCCCUGCUAUUUUUCAACGCGCUAUGGAGUCGUUGUUGGUAGGUAUUGACGGAGUCAGCUGUUGGUUGGACGACGUGUGCGUAACGGGACCGACGAACGAAAUCCAUUUGGCGCGAUUGCGAGAGGUUUUGACUAGGUUUAGCGAUGCAGGUUUAAAGUUACAGAAAGAGAAAUGUGUUUUCUUAGGUGAUAGUGUAACUUAUUUAGGCUACGUUAUCAAUAAAAAUGGCUUACAAACGUCUCAAAAAAAGGUGGAAGCUAUUCACAAAGCACCAAGGCCGACUAAUGUAACGGAGGUAAAGAGUUUUUUAGGACUCGUAAAUUAUUACCGUAGUUUCAUACCGAACGCGUCGAACAUGUUAAGUCCUUUACACGAGCUACUGCGCGCGGAGGCCAAGUGGGAGUGGGGACGUUCACAAGAAGAGGCGUUUCAGGCAGUAAAAAAGGAGCUGGGCUCCGAGCGCGUGCUGGCUCAUUUUGACCCGGAGGCUCAGCCAGUGCUUAGUGUGGAUGCAGGACCUGGCGGGUUAGGUGCCCUUCUGGCACAACGCGACCCGGCAACCGGCGCCGAGCGCCCUCUCGCGUUCGCCUCGCGCUCGCUCAACGCUAGCGAGAGGAAUUACAGUCAACUUCAGAAAGAAGCGGCGGCAAUAAUAUUUGGUGUUAAAAAGUUCCACCAGUAUCUGUAUGGAAGGCAAGAUCCGUUCGUUUUAAAAACCGACCAUAGGCCUUUGUUGUCAAUUUUCGGCAAAAAUAACGGCAUUCCUGUCAUGACCGCUUCCCGGCUACAGCGUUAUGCAAUUAUUUUAUCAGCGUACAAUUAUAAGGUUCAGUACAUAAGUAGUGCGAAUAACCUCGUAGCUGAUUAUUUUUCUCGUGCGCCGUUGCCUAACAUGGAAAAUGAUGGCCAUAACGAAGAUAACGAUGACGUGUCUUAUUUAAAUUUUUUAGAUGAAAGUGUGACUCCCGUGACAGCUGAUAAAAUAAGACAGGCUACCGGAAAUGACACCACAUUAAAAAAAGUUUUUAAGUAUAUGAGUCUCGGUUGGCCGCGAAAGAUAAGCUGUGCAUCUAUUCUACCUUAUUUUAGAUGCAAAGCAGACUUACAAAUAGAUAAUGGUAUUCUUUUCCGCGGUCACCGGGUGGUUAUUCCGACAGUAUUUCGAGAUCAGCUGUUACGUGAAUUGCACACCGGACAUUUAGGUAUUGUCAAGACAAAAAGUAUCGCGCGCGGUAAGAUGUGGUGGCCUAACAUUGACGGCGAUAUCGAGCGCUGGAUCGGCUCAUGCGCCGCGUGCGUGGCCGUGCGCGCCGCCCCGCCCCGCGCCGCUCCCGCGCCCUGGCCGCGUCCUCCCUCUGCCUGGUACCGGGUCUUACAAUUAACGGUGGAGAAAUGUGGUGUAUUUGCAUGUGUGCGCCCGCACGCACACAGGCGCGGCUACUUGUAAUGUACAAUUACCAGUAAUAAACGAGCAUCUAUCAGA